UGGCCAGGGCUUGUCCCCUGUGCCAUCUUCAGGAGUUAAUUUCACCUGGAGAAGCUCUGCCCUACCCACGCCCAGCCCUGACUGUGCCGUUGUGUUGUGUGGGGUUUACGAUGGACCUUGUCUGGGAAUGCUCAGCUCCCAGCAGUCCUCCAGGAGUACAGGCUGGGGAUUUGCUGUGCUUGAGCACAAGUGGUGAAAUGGCGGGACUCAGACUUGCUACUCGGCGCUUUUUAGUGAGCUACGUGCCCAGUCCUCUCUUUACUGUUAGAGCGGAGGCUGCCCUCGAACUCCUGAUCCUCCCUCCCACCUCCACCUCUGGAGUGCUAGGGUCGUAGGCAUGUACCACUGGCAGGCAUGGCUCUUCUAUCUUUCGAGAGAGAGUCUCGCUGUGUAGCCCAGGCUAUCUGGGAACUCGGUUUCCCAGAUGCUAGGAUGACAGUUGUACCGCUGCAUCCAGCCCAGCCACUGUUGCAUUUCUUGGCUCAGGUGCUUCCUUCCAUGGCCACUGGAACCCAAACCUUUUCCUAGUGUUGGCACUUGGAUGCUGUUUUCCAUUUCCAAGUGACAUUCCUGGGGUCACCCUUAUCUCCCGACAGGCCCAGUGAUAUAUUUUACCCAGGCCAGCCGGGCGUUGCUCAGGGAGAGUGCUUUACAUUCUUGGGUGGUGACAUGGCUGAUUGGUUCUUGGCCUCAGCUGCUACCUUGAAAACUGGGUCCUGAGCAGCCUGGGAGGGAGAGAGGGAGAGAGGGAGAGAGGGGCUUUCCUCUCAGUGGCACCAGGGAAAACACACUCCCACUUCAGCCGCCCCUGGCUGAGAAAAGGGGCUAAUCCCUAGGGAUGCCCCUGUUCACUGAGCAUCCUACCCCACUCUCUCUGGCCCUUUGAACCUGGGUCUAAGGCGCCAUCCACCCAGGGCAGGCAGGGUAUGCAUGGCCUUGUGGUUAGGGGCAGGGCCUCGUGUUCAGGGGACCUGUUUUAAAAUUGAUUCUGCAUGGCAUACAAGUGACCUUUGGUUUUGAAAACCAUUGUUUUUGUUUCUUUUCCUUUUGAGAUAGAGUCUCACAUAGCCCAGGCUGGCCUUGAACUAGUGCUCCUCCUGCCUCAGCCUCCCCAGUGCUGAGAUGACAGGCAUGCACCUCAUGUCAUUUUAUGCUGUGCUUUGGAUGGAACCCAGGGCUUCGAAUGUGGGAGAUGGCCUCGCUCUAGCUUAUGCCGGCUACAGCCUGCAGCAAUCCUGCCCCAGCCUCCUGAGCGCUGAGGUGUCCAGGAGUGGGCAGCAUGCACUGCCACGUCCUGCACCACUUGGAUUCCUUUGCCUCCAACGUCCUUGGUUUGAUGUUGCCCAUAUCCACUGCUGGGUCUCAGGGUUUAAAAGUUAGCAAAACCUGUUCCUUCUCGGGAAUGAUGGGAUCCAGCAAGCUCCAGCUUCCCCUUGGGCUCUGAUGCUCUAAAACCCAGAUUGGCUAUGGCUGUGCCUUUUCAGGUUGGCCUUCCAAGAAGGGGAGUCCCAGCCCUUGGCUAUCGCCUAGACUCCCUUUUCCUGUUUUGAUGCUGGCUCAACCAGGUCCGGAGACAAGGGUGCGAUGCCUUAAUCCUAACUGAAUCCGAGAUGGAUGGAAGCCCACUGACUCUUCCAUCUGCCAUGAGCCCUUCCCGGUCCUGAUUGGCCCCACAUGGCCCACACUCUAGGGCAUGACCUACAAGAGACUCUCUUCUGGUGUCCCUGCACUUCCCAGCAAAAGCAGGUGGGGUGGGGACACAGAUUGGUGGCCAGCUCUGGGCUUUGUUUCUGGCCGGUGGUGGGGCACUCAUAAAUCGGGCAUCCGGAAAUGGAUCUAUGGAAUGUCUGGGUGGGUAAGUCAUCAAUUCUUAGGGGCGAGGAUGUGGGGACAAGGUGGGUGGAACCCCAGUGGCUUCCCUAAGCCAUGGUGUUGGCAGUGAGUUGAAUCCCCAGGACAGGCAGUGAAUAAAUUGAGGGGACCAGGGUCUUAGCAUCCUGGGACCUCCCUGUCACAAUGGCUGCAGGAAGACUAACACUCAUGUUUCUGCUGCUCCUGUCCUUGCACCUGGGCCUCGGGUGGGGCUCUGAUCCUCAAAGGGCUGCAACGGCAGAAGAGCUCUUGUUUGAGGAGAUGGCAGAGACUGGAGGGACCUGGAAGUCCCAGGAGGGUAACAACCAUGUCCGCCUUCCAAGAGCUCUGGCUGGUCCAUGCCAGCUGUGGAGCCUGACACUGCCGGUGGCUGAGCUGGGCCUGGGCUAUGCCUCAGAGGAGAAGGUCAUCUUCCGAUACUGUGCUGGCAGCUGUCCCCGAGAGGCCCGUACCCAGCACAGCCUGGUGCUGGCCCGACUGCGUGGGCAGGGUCGGGCCCAUGGUCGACCCUGCUGCCAGCCCACCAGCUAUGCUGAUGUGACCUUCCUCGACGACCGUCACCGCUGGCAGCAGCUGCCUCAGCUCUCAGCAGCUGCUUGUGGCUGUGGUGGCUGAAGGUGGCCAGCUCUGUGUCUCAGAAUCAGAAGCAUGAGGGAACCUGGGCUUUGAAGGGCUCAGGUAAUGUUUAUUAGAAACCUGUCUAGGUGAAAAGGAGAAGGAAGAGACCCGGGACUGGGGAUCAGCAAUUAAUGCAAUAAAAGGAAUGUUCUAAUGGCUUUAGGAGUAUGUGUGAUGGGGUACACCCUGGCAAGCCUCCAGGCUAUGUGGGUUCUAAGACUUGUCUCUUGAGGACCC